AUGGCAAAGCCGCUCCGACCUGGUCUGUCAGACCGUAAACAACGCAUCCUCUCACGAAGAGAGAUCGAGGGCCUCAUCGCCGACGGCCGCCAUGUUUUCAUUUUCGAAGGACGAGUCUUGAAAGCAGAUGCCUGGCUGAUGUUCCACCCCGGCGGGCAGGAGUCGAUCAAGCAUAUGGUCGGUCGAGAUGCCACCGAUGAGAUACUUGCACUCCACUCUGCAGAGGCCUGCCAACGCAUGCACGCAUACCAGAUCGGUCGAGUCGAAGGCCGGUGGGUGAAUUUCCUCCCGCCUAUUCAAGGUGGUCACUUCCGUCCCUACGACCCGAAUGACACUUCCGAAUCAGACCACUCAAGCCAGCCGAGUACACGGGAGUCAUCCCCCGUUUUCGACGAGCCCAUCGGGGAGACAAGACGUCGCCAAAGACAGGCAUCAGUCUCAACAGCUUCAUCAUCUCCGCCGCCAACCCCGUCUGGCGGUAAAGAUGCGAACCCGCACCCUUCUUUCCUCGAUGCCCGCACAAAAGAGGAGAUUGUAUUUGACCUCGACAAGUACCCAUCCCUCGAUGCAGACACGCAAGACUUUAUCGUACAGAAAUAUCGGGAGCUGAACGACCGCAUUCGUGCCGAGGGACUCUACAACUGCAAUUAUUGGGCCUACUUCCAAGAGAGCAUUCGGUACAGCCUGCUCGCGGCGCUUUCAUACACAUUUCUGCGACUGGGUUGGUACUGGACAUCAGCAUUUUUUAUGGGCUUCAUGUGGCAGCAACUCGUCUUCACUGUUCACGAUGCCGGCCAUAUGGGCAUUACCCAUAACUUUCAGGUUGACUCGACGAUCGGCAUGACAAUCGCCAGCUAUAUCGGCGGACUGAGCUUGUGCUGGUGGAAGCAUAACCACAACGUACAUCACAUCGUGACCAAUGCUCCCGAGCAUGAUCCUGAUAUCCAGCACAUGCCCUUCUUCGCCAUCUCUCAUCGACUUCUCGGCAGUCUCCGCAGCACAUAUUAUAACCGCGUCAUGGCUUAUGAUCCUGUUGCCCAGGUAGUCCUCAAAUACCAACACUAUAUGUACUACAUCUUCAUGCUCUUUGGGCGGUUCAAUCUCUACGUCCUGAGCUGGUCCUAUCUGCUCUCGAAAAAGGCCCCGAAAAGAGGCCCAGCUUGGUGGCAUACCUAUUAUGAAUUUGUCGGGCAAGCGUUCUUCUGGUAUUGGUAUGGAUACUGCUUGGUCUAUUGCUCCAUCCCAGACUGGAGCAACCGGAUCAUGUUCAUCAUCAUUUCCCAUAUGGCACAGUCGCCAUUACACGUGCAAAUCACCCUUUCCCACUUCGCCAUGUCGACCGCUGAUCUCGGUAUCCACGAGUCGUUUGCUCAGAAAAUGCUGCGUACUACCAUGGACGUUGACUGUCCGACAUGGCUGGACUUCUUCCACGGGGGUCUGCAAUUCCAGGCGAUUCAUCAUCUCUACCCUCGUAUUCCGCGACACAAUCUCCGUCGUACUCAGGAGCUGGUUAUAGAGUUUUGUCGAGAGGUCGAUAUUCCGUAUGCGAUGUUCACGUUCACGGAUGGGAAUAAGGAGGUUAUCUCCAGACUAGGCGAUAUCGCUAAACAGGCGCGUAUGCUAGAGGCGUGCCGAAAGAAGCUUGCGACGGAUGGGUUGCAUGCCCACUAA